CUCGUGCGUUACAACGACAGCCUCGAGCAUCUCUUUCGCUCUCGUGUGGAGAGCUAGGAAUGCUUCUUCUACCGCAACGAUAUGCGAUGCGCUGCGCUCAGUUAUUCAGUGUGUUGUUUCAGCCUACGCAUUAAUUAGUUUCUCGGAGUCAGCCGGUGAUGAAACAGACGAACACAUUCAGUCCAACGAAGUUUGUUCGAUGUCUCAAUUGAAGUUUGAUUUUUAAUAAAUAUUCACGAGUUUUGUGUUCCGGAGUUAAAAUGACUGUCAUUCACAGUGUGGCCUUGUGCUUAUUCGUUUCGAUGUGCGUCUCCGUCGGCGAGUCGCACAGAAUUUUAGCGGUUUUUCCCGUUAAUGUGAAAAGCCACAACAUAAUGUUCGACGCUCUGAUGAAAGGACUCGUCAAACGCGGACAUGUUGUUGAUACAAUAACGCAGUACCCUUUGAAAAAUCCACCUCCGAAUUACAAAGUUGUCGUGGAUCUUAGUGGGACUUCGCCGAACACCGUUAACAAUUUUUCCAUGGCUUUUGUCAACCAGUUCUUAAAAACUGGAGGUACUCAUAGCCUUGCUCAUGUUUUGGGCAACACGGUGUGCAAUCUUCUGGGAUUAGAAGUGAUGCAGACAUUUAUAAGGAAUCUGUCCAAAGAUGUGACUCAUUACGACCUUGUUUUAACUGAGGCAUUUGCAGCUCACUGUUACAUGGGUUUCGGACACCUGCUUAAAGUACCCGUAGUUGCUGUUUCCUCAGCUAUCGAAUAUCCAUGGAUCACCAACUUUAUAGGGAACAACGAUAAUCCUUCUUUCGUGCCUGGGCCCGAUCUAUUUGUUUUUAAAGACCUAAAUUUUUGGCAGCGAUUGCAAAAUAUCUACUAUUACUACGCAGAUAAUUAUAGAUUCAACAGCAUUACCGAAAAAGUGCAGACGGACUUAAUGAGGAAAUAUCUAAGUCCAGAUAUUCCAAGUGUACGAGAGAUCGAAAAAAGUGUUGCUCUGUUGCUAGUCAAUUCUCAUCCAGUAAUAUUUGGCGUUAAGCCUGUAACGCCUGGGCUUGUACAAGUCGGUGGCUUGCACAUAGAAGAGAAAGAUGAAUCAAAAUUAUCACUUGAAUUGAAAAAAUGGUUGGAUGAAAGCACGGAUGGAGUAAUUUAUUUUUCAUUUGGAUCUAUGGUUCUUAUUGAGACACUUCCAGUAGACACACUCAAAUCCAUGUAUGAGACUUUUUCUAAGCUAGCUCCAGUUCGAGUGUUGAUGAGAAUUGCCAAUGAAAAAAAGCUACCACCAGGAUUGCCGUCAAAUGUCUUAAUUAAACAGUGGAUUCCUCAACAAGAUGUUCUUGCUCAUCCUAAUAUUAAAGUAUUUGUGACCCAUGGAGGGUUAAUGGGAACCCAAGAAGCAUUGUACCAUGGAGUACCUAUGGUCGGGAUUCCAUUGUUUAGUGAUCAGCCGCGUAACGUAGCAUCAUUUGUUGAUAAAAAUAUGGCGAUUAUGCUUGGCUUGGACGACCUAAAGACUGACAUUUUUAGUAAAGCCUUAAAUGCAAUAUUAACCGAUCCUAAGUACAGAGAAAACGCUAAGUAUUACUCGAAGUUGUUCAAGGACAGACCGAUGAGUGCAAUGGACACUGCAAUCUUUUGGAUAGAGUACGUCAUUCGAAAUGGUCCAAAUACUUUAAAAUCGCCUGCACUUAAGUUGUCAUGGUGGCAGUUGACUCUUGUCGACAUUUUUGGAUUUAUAUUGUUGAAUCUCAUUUUUGGAUGUUUAUGUAUAUUUUACGUACUUAAGCUCCUACUGCAAAAGUCAAAGAGUGCAAGUGAUAAAGUUAAAAAGCAGUGAAAGUAGUUUAAAGCUUUUAAGUUGGUUUGUCCUCUGCAUCAAUUAAAAUUUCAUGUAAUUUUAUUAUCACUCUUGUUAUAAAAAUAAUUAAUGAAUUUCAUUUUAUAACUACGGUAAAAAAGAUGGAACAAAAGAUUUAUCAAAGAUGAAUAUGUUGACAUAUAUUCCAUAAAACUGCGUUGGUCCGUCUUUGUCGUACAAUGCUGUCUACCUUACUUAUUUUGCUACACCAGAUACCUACGUGGUCAAACAGCACUCGAUGCUAUUUUGUAUAAGAUACUUUUCACCAAGUGAAAGUUGUGGUCUGAAAAAAAGUUUACCUUCAACCAUUAUACCUUACGUUCUUUAUUUCUGUCAUCAUUUGUCAUUUUGAAAUGCUACGCUGUGAUAAUUAAACUUUGUAAUAGGAGCAGUAACACAAACAGAAAAAUUUUUUUAAUUCAUAACAACUACUUUUAACUUUAGAAAAAACUAUUUGUGUUAUAAAAAUGUCAAAUUUAUCAUGUAUGUAUUAAACACAAAUACUGUACAUAAAUAAGUAUAGUUUUUAUAUUUAAUACAGCUUUGAUAAAAAUCUUUGAUAAUUAUGUCUAUGAUCUUUAAGUAUUGUAACUAUGUUCAUUGUAAUACAAAAUAAUUCAGUGCAAA